CGGGCCGGGAUGAUGCUGGCGGCAGCGCUGCCGCGAGCCCUCAGUCGCUUGUCCGCCCGGCGCUACCCCGCGGGGCUCCGGCCACCCCGGGCCGCCUGGCGCGCCGGGGAGCAGGGCAGCGGCAGGACGGGGUUUGAGCGGCGGCGAUGGGCCCGGCCGGUCGGAGGUGCUCUGGGCUUCCUGGGAGCCUUCUCCCUUUUCCCCAGGGACGCUGAGGAGGACGGCGAGGACGCCGUUAUCCUCCUGCUGAAGAGAGCCAAGCUCAGCGUCAUGAAGGGUGAGCUGGGAGAGGCCGAGAAGCUUCUGCACGAAGCCCUGCGGCUGUCGCACCAGUCGGAUAACAGGAAAGCCAUUAUCUACACCUACAGCAUGAUGGCAAACGUGGCCUUCAUGCAGGGACAGCUGGAUAAUGCAGAAAAGCUCUACAAAGCAAGUAUGAGCUAUAUGCUCUCAGGGGACACGAAAGAGGAUGACAAUGCAAUCCUUGAGAUGUCCCUCAAGCUGGCCAGUAUCUAUGCUGCUCAGAAACAGCACAAAUUAGCCCUGGCUGGCUAUGAGUUCUGCAUCCUGACCUUAGAGGAGAAGAUUGCCAAGCAGAAGGACUUGCCUGAGGAUGUCUUACCAGCUGAAGAAAAGGCCAAUACCCGUCUCUUGCUUGGGAUGAGCCUAGACUCCUAUGCUCGCUAUCUCCUAAACAUUAACCAGCUCCCAGCGGCCCAAAAAAUGUAUGAGAAGGCUCUGCAGAUAUCAAAAGAUGUUCAGGGAGAGACUCAUGCACAGACUGUAGUCCUGAUGAGCGACUUGGCGACUGUACUGGAUGCCCAGGGUCACCACGAUGAGGCAUACUCCUAUGUGAAAAGAGCAGCAGAGCUGGCAAAGGAAACUCAACACCCUGAGGAGCACAUGGUGUUGAACAACCUGGCAGCAAUUCUGAUGCACAAAGUUUAAGCAGCAGGUCUGCUGACUUUGUGUAGCAACCUGUGUGGUGUUCAAAUAGAAUUCAGCUGCUGAAGGAUCCUGUCCAAGAUAAAUGCAGUACUGGUGCAUCUGACUCAAAAGGUUGCCAAGAGAUCUUGUUUCCCUUGUCCUGUACAUGCAGUAACUGGUUCCAGAGGAAGAGAAGACAUGCUGGAGACUUGUUUCUAAGAAAUUUUAAUGCUGAAGCAGCACUUUGUUCCAUCAUCAUUGCUGUUGUCUUGCUCUCAUAAUUGGCACCCAGUGCUGGAUGUUUUGUGAAUCUCCCUAGUUCUUGAUGUGUUCCAGUAGUCUUUGCUUGUUCUUUGGGACUUCGAAAAUGCCUCUUUUUCCUCUUG